AAUACAAGUAUUGAAUUCAAUCAAACGUUUCAUCAUUUGUUUGUAUCGAUCAGUUCAUCACUUUUCUCUCAUCAACGCUCUCUUCAUGUCUUCAGCAAUGUAUGAAACAGCACUUCCACUCAGAUUGACAUUAGAUGAUAGCCUGUUGAACACCAAUAGCAUACAAUUUAAUGGUAAUGAAGACCAAAACAAUAGUUAUUUAAUUUGUUAUUUAAUUAACAAACUUUCGGAUGAGUUGUUUGAUGAAAAUGGGUAUACAAUCGGUUGUAUUAUUAAUAAAAUGAUGGCCAAUGAAGAUCUGAACGCAUUGUUUAUAUCUAUUAAAUUGUUGGAAAAUCACUCAAUUGGUCACCAAUUGAAUGAUUCAAUACAACUGAUAGUUAAUCAACAAUUUUUAACUCAUUAUAAUCUGACUGAUAGUCAAAACAAUUUGUUUAUCAAAUUUAUAAAAAAUUGUCCAAAAAUUAGUAAAAUAACUAUUGGAGUGAAAACGGAUCAGUUAUAUAAUUAUAUGAAAAAUGAUGAUAAAUGGUGUCAACAGUUGAAGAGUUUGGUUGCUGAAAAUCACACGAAGAUAUUGUGUCGAAAAUAUGACACAUUUGACGGCAACGACAACUUAAUUGUAUUAAAUUGUGAACCAAUUCUUCAGGGAUUAUUGACAUUGGAUACAGAGUUUAUAAUCUUAAAUAUAAGUAAAUGUGUAAAUGAAAGACAUUUAUCUUAUACGACUAAAAGUGAAGAGUUGGUAUCAAACCAAGUGUCCGAUAAUAAGAUAAUGAAUGCUUUGAAUUUAAUGAACUUUACUUCGAGAUUACUUCUAAAUCCCACUCUUUGCAACUCUUCUGAUGGUUUUAUUGACCAAAAGUCGGGUCACAAAAGUCUUGCGGCUAUACAGACAUUGACUGCUUCGACAACUUUUUUAAAAUGUAUGUCAUUUUCAUUUCAAGUAAUAAUAUUAUCGAAGAGUCCGUCCAUACCUGAAGUAGAUUCUGAAAAUGGUUGUGUAUUUCUUUCAACAAAUGCUAUUAUCAAUAAACUUAAAGCUGAACCUCAAGAUUGGGUGCGUAUAUGGCUUUCUACAAGUGAUAAUCACGUUAAACCUAAAUCACGACUGUCCCAAUUGUUUGCUAUCGAUUCAAUAAGCAAUGAUAAUGUAGUUUAUAUAUCACCACAAUUAUGGUUUAAUUUGCAAGGAUUGUCCUCUCAUGGAAUCAAUCAGCCAUUAAUUCAACCUAAUGUUACUUUAAUGAUACGAAAAGAAGUAUUGAGCGAUCAAAUUAAAUAUUGUCCAGAAAUACAGAUUUCACUUAUAAAAUCACCAGAAUAUUCAGCAAAUACUGAUUUUUCAUCUUUACUUAAAAUCUAUUUUAAUAAAAGCCGAUACUUAGUAACCAAUGAUAUAAUUGGUAUUUGGAGUCGUGACGACCUAUCAUUUUAUAAUCAAUCAAAAGAGUUAUAUCAAAAUGAUUGGCCAGUUAUCUAUUUUCGGGUUUCACAUAUUGACAGUACCGGCUGUUUAAUUGAUUCAAAUCAUUCAAAUUUGUAUCAAAUUUCAACUUCAAAUUGUUUUAUUCCGGUUACUCUCUCAUCUUAUUAUAAAACAAAUGUUAAUCAAUUUGAAGAUAAUCCAAAUAUAUGUGGUUUAGAGAAUUAUAUAAAAAAAUUAUGCGACAUAACAAUGCCGUAUCUAAUGUCUAAACAGACUAGAAUUGGUACCAUUAUGAUUGAAGGAUCAAUUGGUUCCGGCAAGAGAUCCAUUGUCAGAGCUAUGUGUAAACACUGGAAUCUUCAUCUCUAUAACAUUAAUAUUAACGAAUUGUUGACCGAAAGUGUUUCUCAAUUGGAAACUAAAAUUAAAGCCAGUCUUAUGAAAGCUGUUUGUUAUGCGCCGACAGUUGUCUUGAUCUCUAAUAUUAACAUUUUAUCAAAUAAUGAAUUAUAUGACGACUCAAGAAUUACGAAGACAUUUAUUCAGACAUUACUUGAACUGAAAGAAUCGGUUAACGAAUAUCCAGUAAUACUGAUUGCAACCAAUUCUGAACCGAAAAAAUUUGUAAAUAAUGAGUUAAAUUUAAUAUUUACUCAUUUCAUAGAAAUUGAAUGUCUUAAGACUGAUGAAAGAGAAGCCAUUAUUCGAUCACUUAUUGGACAAAUAGUUACCUGUAAUAUAGAAUAUAAAGAAUUGGCACAAAAAACUACUGAUUUUUGUUUAGCAGAUCUCAAGACUUUGAUUUCAAAAGCACUUAAAUAUGCUUAUGACUCGAUUUGCGAUAAAACUGAUGACUCCGAUACCAUAAGUUAUGCACUUUCUGGUGUUGUCUUAACGAACGAUCAUCUAUUUAAAUCAUUGAAUGAAUUACAGAAAUUACAAUUUGACGGAUCACCUAAUAUACCAAAUGUCACGUGGAAUGAUGUCGGAGGUCACGAACACAUCAAAUCAGAAAUAUUAGAUACCAUUCAACUGCCCAUUCAAUGUCCACAACUUAGUUCAUUGGGGUUCAAGCGCUCAGGAGUUUUACUUUACGGUCCGCCCGGAACUGGAAAGACAUUGUUGGCAAAAGCAGCGGCUAAUCAAUGUUCACUAAAUUUCUUAAGCGUCAAAGGACCCGAAUUGAUUAAUAUGUUUGUCGGACAAAGUGAGGAAAAUGUACGCAAUCUAUUCAGUCGGGCCCGAAGACACGCGCCGGCUGUUAUAUUUUUUGAUGAGUUGGACUCAUUAGCACCUAAUAGAGGACAUAGUGGCGAUUCAGGAGGUGUUAUGGAUAGAGUUGUCUCUCAAUUGUUAGCAGAAAUGGAUGGAAUCAAUAAAUCAAAUCAGGUCUUUGUUAUCGGAGCCACAAAUAGAGUCGAUUUGCUGGACAGUGCUUUACUUAGACCCGGAAGGUUUGACAGAUUAUUAUAUGUGGGAUUAGCUGAAGACAGUGAUUCAAGACUUAAAAUUUUGAAAGCAUUGACGAGAAAAUUUAACUUUGAUUCCGACGUUGAUUUACAACAAGUUGAGAGCUUAUGUCCUCCGAAAAUGUCGGGCGCAGACAUGUACUCUAUCUGUUCAAAUGCCUUAAUGAGUUGUAUUGAUAGACAUAUCAAACAAAUGAAUGAUAAUAUUGAUGUUAAUGAAGAUCAUUGCAAUCUUAUUGUCAAAAUGUCUGACUUACUCUCAGCAUUGCCAAAGUUUAGCAAUUAUAUCAAUCAAAUUAAACCAAAUUAA